GCCUUGACAAACCUGAACAAAAUUGAAUCACUGGCGGCUCUUUCUUCUUGUCCAAAUCUUCCAUCACUCGAUAAUUAAAUCAGUAAAUCACAAAAGCAAGAACCAAAUCACUCAAUUAGCACUAAAAUGAAACAAAAUUGGCGACUUGGCGAUGAACAAUCUUGAAUUAGAAACCCUAAUCAUGUCCAGAAAAGCCCCUUCUGAAUUCCCGCCUUACCGGAGAAGAAGGCCGUUAAAAAGCAAAGCUUUUGACUCGUUUCUGCGAAUCGUCUCCGAAUGUCACUUGCAUUUUCAGAAUCAAGAGCAAGUUGCAACGGUUGAAGGUGAUCAGUUGGUAGAGAAUAAUGAUUUGGCAAACCGAGGCGAUUCUCUGUUAGAAAAUGAUAAAUUGGGAACUGAGGAUGGGUUGGCACGGGAAAAUUUAUUGGUUAAUGGGGAUAGAGAGGGUGAUUUGUUGGUAGAGAACAAGGAUUCGAGAGCUGAGGAUGGGUUAGCACUUCAAAAUUCUUUGGUUGAUGAGAAUAGAGAAGUUGUGAGUUCUCAGGAACCAGGUUGUAGUGGUGACCGUAUGGAUGUAGAUGGGUUGAAGAUUGUGGAUAAUGUAAAGAGUAAUGGUGACCAGGUGCCUAUUGAUAAUGUUAACGGGAUAGAGCAGGUGAUAGAAGGCAAUCAGAAUUGUAAUAAUGGUUUUGCAGCUUUUGCUUCGUUAAUUAAUAAUGAUGAUCAUUCUAGUCUCCCUGAUUUUGACAUGGAGGAAUUCGACUUGGGAGAACAAUUGGGUGAUAAUGCACCAUGUGCUGAUGUCUCUGAACUUAUAGACACGUUACUAGAAACAGAUGUAACUGUGGGUGCUUCAAUACCCAUUGUAAAUAAUGAUGAGAACAGUUUACAUAUGAAGAGAAAUGAGGUAGAAACUCAAGUGGAUGUGAAGGAAUCUGAUACACCAGGAUCUGCCUCUGUUAUGGUCUCUUCCCCUCUUCAGAAAACUGUUGAAGGCAUUGAAGACGGGGAAAUUUCGGAAGUUUCUGGAUUUCUAGAGAAAUCAAGUGAUUUAUUACAUGAAGAUGUUUUGCCCUUGAAGAACAGUGUAGACAAAGGAGAUAUUAUUCACAAAGAGGGAUUCAAUCUGAAUGCACUUCAAAGAGGACUUGAAAAAGAUAAUCAGUCCUUUGGCCAAGCUAAAACUGGAGUUAAAAUAACGAGCACUGCUAUGAAUGUUGAAAUGGGGAAUGAUAACCAAAACUUGAUGAACAAUAGAACUCAGGUUUAUUAUGGGGAUACGGUAGAAGAUGACAGGGAGGAUCGGGAGGAUUGUAAGCUUGAAUCUGGAAGAAACAGACGAAGGUCUGCGCCCAAAGCAGCCAACAGUCAAGCUUCCUGUCCCAAAAAUAUAUCACUAAGUGGUGGAUCGACAGGGGAAAAUACAAUUGAGAACCAAUGCAGUGCAUCAACCGAAAAGGUUGCCAAUCAAAACAAUAAGAAAAGAAAGAGGGGUUGCAGUGAGGAUCGAAAAGCAAAGAGCAAGAAGAAAGAAAGAAUGAAGAGAGCAGAGCAACGCAGAGAACUGGGUGUUAAAAAGUUGAAGCUGCUACCAGUGUCAAAACCAAAAACAAUAUCAUACUGUCAUCACUUUCUCAAAGGAAGAUGCCAUGAGGGAGAAAAGUGCAAAUUUUCUCAUGAUACAGUACCAUUGACAAAGUCGAAGCCAUGCUGUUAUUUUGCACGUCAGUCAUGCAUGAAAGGAGAUGACUGCCCAUUUGACCAUCAGCUCUCCAAGUAUCCGUGUAACAGUUUAUUGAGUCAAGGUUCCUGCAUCAGGGGAUCCAACUGUAUGUUUUCACACAAGGUACCAAUGAAGGAAGGUUCUUCCGGUGCUUCAGAUAUUUGCAAUCCUGAUUUAAAGUCCGUAUCUACGAAAGAAAUUUCUGUUCCACAAAAGCAAAUGCAUCCUAAUUUCACAGGUAGUCAAAAUUCAAGUAUCAAAUUAUCUUCCAGUGGGGCCUCUUACUGCAAGAAUUACAAAAAGAGCGGAGAGGGCCCUGCAUUAAAACCUGCUGGACAGGCACCCAAGGGAAUAAGCUUUCUUUCGCAUGGAAAAGUGCCCCUAGGUAAUAAUAGUAAGAAUGGACAAGGUCCCUUGUCUAAUGGUGCCAAAGUUGACCAACAGACACUCGCGAGUGCAGCAAAUGGGGUUGAAAGCUUGCAUAAGAGCACGCAAAAAAUGCCUGUUGUGCCACGGGGAGUAAACUUUCUGUCAUUCAGUAAAGAUCCUUCUGAAAGCUUUAGUACUAAGAAAUCAAGCUUUUCUUUAGUUACCAAUGUGGAAACUGGGAAAUCACCACUAAGUGAUCCUGACAAAAGUAAACAUGCUGGUUCAUCAUCAAAGACAGAUGUUGGUGUCACAGUUGACUCCCAGACUGGCCAAGGUGCAUCCAGCAUCUUUCAGAACACGAGUGAGACAGCAAACAGAACACCUGCAACGACACCUCAGGGUCUGGGCUUGCUCUCAGCUGGCAAUCUCUUAGACCGUUCUUUUAACAAGAAACAAGCUGGCUCCAAUUCGAAUGAGAAUAAUGCCAUGCAUCCAACUGUUAGAAACAAUGAAAGUGUGAGUGAUAAACUUCGGAACCUCAACCUACUAUUGCCUCCGGUGUUAUCUCCGCUUCCUAGUAAUCAUUCUUUAAGCAAGUUAACAGAUGUUCAGAGCAAAGGGUCGUCAAGCUCUCUUCAGGGAUCACUGUUUUCAAACACUCCAAGUUCAUUACAAAGGGCAUUCCAGUCAACAUUAGCAUUGGCAGCUAAAUUUGAGUCUAAAGCUAAGAAUGCUGUUAGUACCGACUUAAACAAGGAAGGCAGCAGCAGUUCACAGAACAAUUCCAUGAAGCCUUCAACAAUUUUGGAUUUUUUAUAUAGUUCUAAAAGCAAAACUCAACAGUGAAUGAAAAACUUUCUGAACCAUUGGAAAUACAGUUUUGUCAUAUUUUAUUUUUACCAGGUGAUAAUGCUUUAAUACCAAGUUUGGCUCGUCA